AUUUAUAUACAUGUAGUUCGUAUAUCCCGUUUGUGGUAAGGUGUUUGUUGUUUUUCCCGGUAAUUGACAGUAACAACAUAACAAUGGCAGUGCCAUCAGUUUCUUUGUCGACAAGAAAUAAAAAGCAUUUCUUAGGAGUACCAGCACCCUUAGGAUAUGUUGCUGGUGUUGGAAGAGGAGCUACAGGAUUUACAACCAGAUCUGAUAUUGGUCCAGCUCGGGAUGCGAAUGACGUAUCAGAUGAUCGACAUGCUCCACCUACAAAGCGAACAAAAAAGAAAGAGGAAGAGGAAGAAGAUGAAGAAGAUUUGAAUGAUUCUAAUUAUGAUGAAUUCUCUGGAUACGGAGGUUCACUUUUUAGUAAAGAUCCGUAUGAUAAAGAUGACGAAGAAGCCGAUGCUAUAUACGAAGCUAUCGACAAGCGAAUGGACGAAAAGCGUAAAGAGUAUAGGGAGAAAAGGCUUAGAGAAGAACUAGAGAGGUACCGUCAAGAACGUCCUAAAAUUCAGCAGCAGUUUUCAGAUUUAAAGAGGGAAUUGGUAAAUGUAACCGAGGAAGAAUGGAAAAAUGUUCCAGAAGUAGGCGAUGCAAGAAAUAGGAAACAGCGAAAUCCGCGAGCUGAAAAGUUUACUCCAUUACCAGAUUCCGUACUUGCUAGGAAUUUAGGAGGUGAAACAUCCUCAAGUAUCGAUCCCUCAAGUGGUCUAGCUUCUAUGAUGCCUGGUGUAGCAACACCUGGAAUGCUGACUCCAACAGGAGAUUUAGAUUUAAGAAAAAUUGGACAAGCCAGAAAUACCUUGAUGAACGUUAAGCUAAAUCAGGUUUCCGAUUCCGUCGAGGGACAAACGGUUGUCGAUCCGAAGGGAUACCUUACCGAUUUGCAAAGUAUGAUUCCGACAUACGGCGGUGAUAUCAACGACAUCAAGAAAGCCAGAUUAUUGUUAAAGUCUGUAAGAGAAACGAACCCCAAUCAUCCUCCAGCGUGGAUCGCGUCUGCCCGUUUAGAGGAGGUGACAGGAAAGGUACAAGCCGCCCGAAAUUUAAUAAUGAAAGGCUGCGAGGUGAAUCCAACGUCAGAAGAUUUAUGGCUGGAAGCGGCCAGACUUCAGCCACCGGAUACAGCUAAAGCGGUGAUCGCACAAUCCGUACGGCACAUACCUACGUCAGUUAGGAUUUGGAUAAAAGCGGCUGAUUUAGAGACGGAAACGAAAGCGAAAAGAAGAGUGUAUCGUAAAGCGCUGGAGCAUAUUCCGAACUCCGUUAGACUUUGGAAAGCUGCGGUCGAGUUAGAGGAGCCGGAAGAUGCUCGCAUUUUGCUUAGUCGUGCUGUCGAAUGCUGUCCCACCAGUGUAGAUUUAUGGCUCGCCCUGGCAAGAUUAGAAACCUAUGACAACGCGAGAAAGGUUCUUAAUAAAGCAAGAGAGAAUAUUCCAACCGACAGACAAAUUUGGACUACUGCUGCUAAAUUGGAGGAAGCUAAUGGGAACAAACACAUGGUAGAAAAGAUCAUAGAUCGCGCUAUAUCUUCUCUGAGCGCAAACGGAGUAGAAAUCAACAGGGAACAUUGGUUCAAAGAAGCUAUGGAAGCUGAGAAAGCGGGUGCAGUGCACACCUGUCAAGUUAUUGUUAAAGCGAUUAUUGGUUUUGGAGUAGAAGAGGAGGACAGGAAACAUACAUGGAUGGAAGACGCGGAAACUUGUGCUCAACAAGGUGCUUUGGAAUGUGCUAGGGCCGUAUACGCCUACGCAUUGUCGACUUUCCCUAGUAAAAAGUCAAUUUGGCUGCGUGCAGCUUAUUUCGAGAAAACAUACGGAACGCGAGAGUCUCUGGAAUCUUUGCUGCAGAGAGCGGUUGCUCACUGUCCUAAGAGUGAAGUGCUUUGGCUGAUGGGUGCGAAAUCCAAAUGGUUGGCUGGCGACGUUCCGGCAGCUAGAGGUAUUUUGUCCCUUGCGUUCCAGGCGAAUCCGAAUUCUGAGGAGAUUUGGUUGGCGGCUGUAAAGUUGGAGUCUGAAAAUUCAGAGUACGAAAGAGCCCGACGAUUGUUAGCAAAGGCCAGAGCAUCUGCGCCCACUCCUAGAGUGAUGAUGAAAAGCGCCAAGCUAGAAUGGGCUUUGAAUAAUCUCGACGCAGCCUUGUUGCUUCUGAGAGAGGCACUAGAAGCGUUCGAUGAUUUCCCUAAGUUGUGGUUAAUGAAGGGCCAAAUCGAAGAACAACAAGGAAAUUUGGAUAAAGCUUUGGAUACGUACAACCAAGCGAUAAAGAAAUGCCCAAGUUCUAUUCCCCUAUGGCGUUUAUUAGCGCAGUUAGAGCACAGGAAAAGUCAAGUUACCAAAGCUCGGUCAGUUUUGGAAAAAGCGCGCUUGAAGAACCCAAAGAACGCGGAACUUUGGCUGGAGGCGAUUAGAAACGAAUUGAAAAACGGUGGCGUAAGGGACAUGGCGAACACGUUGAUGGCGAAAGCUUUGCAAGAAUGUCCCACCUCGGGUUUACUUUGGGCAGAGGCGAUUUUUAUGGAGCCGCGGCCACAACGUAAAACCAAAAGCGUAGACGCGUUGAAGAAAUGCGAACACGAUCCUCACGUGCUUCUCGCAGUUUCCAAAUUGUUUUGGUGCGAACAUAAAAUUUCAAAGUGCAGGGAUUGGUUCAACAGAACAGUGAAGAUCGACCCUGAUUUGGGGGACGCGUGGGCAUACUUUUACAAAUUCGAACUUUUAAAUGGCACUGAAGAACAGCAAGAGGAUGUGAAGAAACGAUGCAUUACUGCGGAGCCACACCAUGGAGAAAAUUGGUGUAAAGUAUCGAAGAAUAUAGUAAACUGGUGUUUAAGUAUAGAUCAAAUUUUAAUAUUAGUGGCGAAAGAUCUCCCAAUUCCGAUAUAAUACUAUGUAAAUUAAACUUUAAUUUAGCUAUAUAUACUUUUUAAGGACUUGCGCUAGUGAUAAAUAAUCGUUAAAUUUAAAUUAUCAUGAACGAAUUACCGUAUGUUAUAAAUAAAUUUAUAACGUAAUAUUCUUGAUAAAAAUAUAUUGAUAAUUA